UUGGUUGCCAUGGGAAUUCAGAAUUCACAUUGUUUGGGUUACUUGCAAACAACAAGCUCAGUUUAUUUUUCUAAAAAUGUCUUCAUUAAGAAACAAAACUGACGAUUCAUCAGAAUUUGGACUGAUAAAAGAUAAAGAAAUAAAAUUCGAUAUCCCAAAUUUACAAAAUCGAUUAGUGAAUGGUGAAGUUGUUCUCGCAACCAUUCCCCAUAUUGAAGAUUCUAAAGGAAAUCCUGGUGAUUCGGGAACAUUGUUGACAACUAAUUUAAGGAUAAUAUGGUACUCGCUUGUUCACAAAAAAUUUAAUCUUUCUGUUGGAUAUGGAAGAAUUAUAACCCUCAACACAAGAACUGUAUUCUCAAAGGUUCGAGGGACAGCUCAAGCGUUGUAUAUUCUUGCGGCUGGAGAAAACUCUCGGUUUGAGUUUUUGUUUACUGAUGUCUCAGGAGUAACAAAGUCUAAUUCGUUUUUCUCUUGCGUCUAUGACAUUCAACAUAUUUAUCAGAAAACAUUUUUGUACAGAGAACUUAAACUUCGUAGUGCUAUUCUCCGUUCCGGUCAAUUGAUUUUACUUCCCGAGGAGCAGAUUUAUAGUUCGAUAGAUGGUGUAUGGAAUUUGUCCAAUGAUACAGGAAAUUUAGGAUCGUUCAUCGUCACCAACAUACGAAUGGUUUGGUUUGCUAAUGUCAAUGAAAGCUUCAACAUAAGUGUGCCUUAUAUUCAAAUAGCGAGUAUAAAAAUAAGAGAUUCAAAAUAUGGUGACGCUCUGGUUGUGCAAACGUCAGAAAUAAGUGGUGGUGGAUAUGUGCUUGGUUUUCGUGUGGAUCCCAUUGAAAGACUUAAUGAAAUUUAUAAAGAAUUGUGUUCCUUAUUUACUGUCUAUAGUGCAAAACCUAAUUUCGGAGUUCACUAUGACUAUCAGGGCUAUGAUAAUUCGUCUAAAAAUCAAAUAAAUGAAAAUGAAUUUAAAUUUGAUGAAUUCCAAGAGAUCAAUGAAGACCAGGAAAAGGAAAUCAAUUCGAAAUUGACAGCAUAUUUGGCAGAGGGCUAUACAACUGAUGUCACUCCAAGACCACCAACUUACUGUAAGGAAUUAGGGUUUGCAAUGGAAGAAAUGAGGAGUGGAUAUAAGUUAAGUGAUUUAUGGGAAGUUGCUCCAACUACUACUACAAUUACACAACAAACUGAAGAAAUUAGUAAUUAGUUUAAAUUAUUUUGUAUAUUUUUAAUGUUAUUUAGAUGUUUAUUAGAAAAAAAUAAGAAUUUGGGAAAACAAGAUUUUAUGUUUUGU